AUGCCUACUACGUCCAUCGGUCCGGGCCCUGCUGCCGUCGACUACACUUCUCUGAGCAAGAGUCAGCUGUACUUCUCAUUCUUCUUGGUCACCUCUUUGUUCUUUCUCUGGCGCCUGUCGUAUGGUCUUCUCGAUGUACUCAACAAGCACUUUUUGACAGUCUUCGGAUUAACCAAGACUAAAUCAACGUUACUGCAGUUUGCCUAUUUCGUGUCCUACCUUGCGGUUGCGCCCCCCAUGGGUGUCUUCAUGAGACGCUACGGCUAUAAGAAAGGCAUCCACAUCGGUCUGGGCCUGUUCUCUAUCGGUGCUGUCCUCUUCUGUCCUGCUGCCAAGUUUGAACAGUACUCGUACGGGGUUUUUGUCGCCUUCACCCUUGUCUCCGCCAGUGGUAUUGCCACCUUGGAAACAGCAGCCAACUCUUACAUCACCAUCCUUGGGCCUCCCUCUCAUGCUGUCAUGCGCCUCACCUUGGCUCAAGCUUUCAACGGCAUUGCGACAGUCAUCAGUCCUCAGAUCGCUGCCAACACCUUCUUUAACGGCGACAACCAGAACAACCUCGGUAAUACAGUCCAAUACCUCUACUUGGCUUUUGCUUGCUUCUCAGCAGUUUUGAAUGUCGGGACUGCAUUCGCUACGCUCCUCGAAGUCAAGCAGGCAGUGUCCGAAGACCAGGAAGAACGAGUCGCCAAGCAGUCAAUCUGGAAGCAGUAUCACACCUUGUUCGGUGCCGCCGCCCAGUCCUUCUACGUCGGUGCUCAAGUAGCUGUAACUUCCUUCACCAUCUUCUACAUCACGGAACAACCUGGUAUCUGUCACACGUAG